AUGGCCCCAAGCACCACGUACCAGCUCAUCAUAACCACCGAGGCAGACCUCCCCACCGCCCGCAAACGCCGCGCCAUCUAUCUGCGCUCCUUCCUCCUCUUCUAUCUCACCUCCCUCAUCGCCGAGACCAUCUUCCUGGCGGUCGGGGUGUUCAUCAUGACCGGAACCCGCGACCUCUACUACAAGGUCCUGUGGACACUCGUCUUCUGCCCGCUGGGCAUGGGCGGCGCCAUGGGCGGGUUGAUCAACUUGUUUGUUGUCGACCACCACUACGGGAAAAAGGCGGCACAUUUCACAGGUAUCCUUUCGCUACUGGUGCUUAGCAGCUGCAACUACCUGUGCUACAACCUCGACCGGCAUUUCGGGUGGUUCGGGGCCACCGAGCACCCGAUGUGGUUCCAUUGGCGGUAUCCGAUGAUCGGGGGGGUGGGGUAUGCGAAUGGGUUGCUGUUGUUCACGGAUGAAGGGCUGGAACGGUUGGCGCGGUGGGGGCUGUAG